AGAAGCAGGUCCCCCCGUGUCCCCUCAGUGCCGUGGGAGCAUGGAGAGCAGAGAAAGCGCAGCAAGCGGGGCUGAGGGUGGCUGGUUGGAGGAGUCCCUGCUGGACUGCGCCUUCGCUGCCUGUGACACGGAGCAGACAGGCGCGGUGCCAGCCUGGCGCAUCGUGGAGUACCUGCGGGCGGUGACGGGGCGUAGCGGCGAGGAGCAGCAGCUGCAGGAGCUCAGGCAGAUGCUGGAGCUGACGGCAGCGGGGGGGGCCCUGGAUCUGCCCACCUUCCGCGCCGUCAUGCGUGAGUGGAUCGCCCACUGUCAGUGGGACGGGGCAUCGCAGUCUGCUGAGGAGCUGGAUGUAACAGGCGGACCUCGCGUGCUCACAGCCGCAUUGGAUCUUGAGGGCUAUGGCGGCGAAAGAGAGAGCGUGACCUUGGACAGCAGGAGCAUCGAGGAGGAGCUGGAGCGCUCCAACCAGCACUUGGCCAGCCAGAACGCCACGCUGCGCUGUGCCCUGGAGUCAGCCGAGGAGCUGAAUGCCCAGCUGGCUGAAGAGGGACAUGCGGGCAGCUGCAGCUGCGUCGCUGCAGCAGUGCUGCCGGGUGACGACCAGCGGCCAUCUGUCUCUCGCAGUGCCCAGCAGGCAUUGGAGCAUGGCGGGGCAACCAGCCAAAAGCUGGAGGACCUGGAGGAUGAGGUGAGGAGGCUUCAGGAGGAGAAGAGAGGCCUGACAGAACAAAAUCAGCGUCUGGAAAGGGAGAAGCAUGGCCUUGUGGAGGAAGUCACCGGCCUUCAGGAGACGAACUCAACGCUGCUUGCUGAGGCCAAGGGAAGGAAGGAGAAUCUUCAGGCACUGGAGGCAAAGAAGGAUGCUAUCCUGCAGAUGGAGAUCAGCAGCCUCCACAAACUGCUGAGGCAGACACUGGAGGCUGUGGCCAUGUAG